AUGCUGGGGGGCGAGGCUGAGUACUGGUGGAGAGGCACCAGGCAGAUGUUAGAGAGUAGGGGUGUACUUGUUGAUUGGGAUUGCUUCCGGAGGGUCUUUUUGGAGAAGUAUUUCCCGGACAGCGUUAGAUACGCUAAGGAGGCGAAGUUCAUAAGACUACAUCAGGGGAGCUUGUCUGUUUCUGAGUAUGCUAUGAGGUUUGAGCAUCUAGCUCGUUUCUACUCUCAGGCCAUAUUUGAGACUUGGAGAUGUAGGAAGUUUGUAGAGGGAUUGAGGCAUGAGCUGAAGAGGGGUGGUGGUAGCACCGGUAAGACUGCUAGAGUUCAGGAGGGAUCAUCUGGGUCCAGGAGGGGAGGGCAGCAGAGGGGACCCUAUGACAGACCUGUACAGUCUCAAAGAGGAGCUGUUAGUAGGGGACCUCAUCCUACUACUCCUCAGGAUGGAGCACAGUCGGUGCGGUGCUACAGAUGUGGAGGAGCACAUGUGGUUAGAGAUUGUUCCCAUCCGGGGAACGUUUGCUUCAGAUGUGGUAGGCCAGGCCACAUCUAUAGAGAUUGUCAGACACCGUCGACUUCAUCUGGGAGUGCCCCGAGGCCACCCAUACCUACAACUGCGGGGAGAGUGUUUGCAUUGUUAGAUUGUGCUCGAAGAGAGUUGGUAGUUUCUCAGUUGGAGGAUGAGGUGUUGGUAUCAGCGAGUCAGGCUGAGCAGUUGAUGAGGGAUGGGGCUGAGUGUUUCAUGUUGUUUGCUGCUUUGAGUGUUGAGACAGAGAGGGCCAUCACUGGGAUUGAGAUUGUUAGUGAGUUUCCUGAGGUGUUCCCAGAUGAUGUGCCGGGAUUGCUACCUAUGCGUGAUGUUGAGUUUAGCAUUGAUCUAGUACCCGGUGUAGGACCAAUUUGUGGUGGUCUUCAUUGA